GGAUCUAGUCUGAAGCAAAUUCAUUUUCUGGUUUUUGCUUUGGAAUCUUCCACAUACCUUAACUAAAGCAUUGCCUGCAAUGAUCAAAAACAGUUUCGAAAUCUUGAUUCAUCUUGUCUACAAAUGAAGCUGUCCUCUGCACUUAGUUUGAAGAUCAAGCAAAUGGCCUUCUCUACUUCUUUUCUCUUAUGGUUUUUCGUUACAUUCUCAAUCGCCUUUCCUCAUUCAGUGGUCGAUGCAUUUGUAGGUACUUAUGGAGUAAAUUAUGGGAGGCUCGCGGAUAAUAUCCCAGCACCUGAGAGCGUAGUCACUCUCUUAAAGGCAGCAAAAAUCAGGAAUGUCAGAAUUUAUGAUUCAGACCAUUCUGUUCUCCAGGCCUUUAAAGGGUCAGGAAUUGAGAUCAUUAUAGGACUCAAUAACGGGCUUGUGAAAGACGUUGGUGCAAGCGAGGAUCGUGCAAUAGCUUGGGUCAAAGAGAACGUAGAAGCAUUUGUUCCUGGCACAAGAAUUCGAGGAGUAGCUGUUGGAAAUGAGAUACUGGGAAGCGGUGAUCAAGGACUCAUGGAAGCGUUGCUGCCUGCAGUUAAAAAUGUUUACAGUGCCCUCGAAAGAUUGAAUUUAGCCAAAGAGAUUGAAGUUUCAAGCCCACAUUCUGCAGCAGUUUUCGCAGAUUCUUACCCUCCAUCUGAUGGUGUUUUUAAGGACACUGUUCUUCCAUACAUGAGACCACUUCUGCAAUUCUUCUCCCAAAUUCAUAGCCCUUUUUACAUGAACAUUUACCCUUUCCUCGCCUACAUCAGUGACCCUGUGACCAUUGAUAUCAAAUACGCCCUUUUCAAGAAAAAUAAAGGGGUUUACGACUCAAAGUCUAAGCUGCAUUACGACAACAUGUUUGAUGCUCAGAUAGAUGCAGCCUAUGCUGCAUUAGACAAAGCUGGAUUUGGUAAAACAGAGGUUAUUGUUUCAGAAACAGGCUGGGCGUCGCGUGGUGAUGCCAAUGAAGUUGGUGCUAGUGUUAAAAACGCGAAAACAUACAACAGCAAUCUGCGUAAAAAACUACUGAAAAAGAAGGGCACUCCUGCCAGACCAAAGACUCCAGUGAAGGCCUAUGUUUUUGCAUUGUUCAAUGAAAAUCUGAAGCCAGGUCCAACCUCUGAGAGAAACUUUGGAUUAUUUAAGGCCGACGGAAGCACUGCUUACGAUAUCGGGUUCACUGGACUUGUGCCUUCUUCAGCCUCAUCAUCUUUCAUAUCAAUCAAGGGGAAUGGUCUUCAGGGUCUGCUUGGAUCUUCCUUAUCAUUGAUGAUUUAUGCGAGCUGUUCUGUUGCUGUGCUUCUGUUAAUGAUGUAAAAAUUGAUCUGCCUGGCUAGCUUCAUGUUUCAUUAGUUCUAUUAUACACAUUCUUGUAUUCAUGUAAAUUGAACGGAUGUUUCCAGAAACUUGUAAAGAUAAUUUAUACAAAUUCAUUUUAGCUUACUUCUUCUAGCAAUAAGAAAUGUUCUUGUAUCUUCA